AUGCAAGAUCUCUUCGGAUCCGUUCGCCGGUCACUGGUUUUCCGACCAACCGCCGACGAUGAGAACCAAGAGAACUAUCCUCCUCCGUUUCCUUCUCUUCUCGCCGAUAAAAUCACUACCUGCAUCCGCAAAUCCAGGGUUUUCGUCAAACCCUACUCACCACCGCCGCUUCCUCCUCCUCCUAACGCCGCCGUAACUAUAAAACCUCCGAUCCGGUGGCGGAGAGGUCAAUUGAUUGGUCGCGGCGCCUUCGGUACUGUCUACAUGGGUAUGAAUCUCGAUUCCGGAGAGCUUUUCGCCGUCAAACAGGUUCUGAUUGGAUCAAAUUGUGCAUCCAAGGAAAAAACUCAGGCUCAUAUUCAGGAGCUUGAAGAGGAAGUGAAGCUUCUCAAGAAUCACUCCCAUCCAAAUAUAGUUAGGUAUUUAGGAACUGUGAGAGAAGACGAAACUUUGAAUAUCCUGCUUGAGUUUGUUCCUGGUGGAUCUUUAUCUUCUGUAUUGGAGCAAUUUGGACCUCUUCCUGAAGCUGUUGUUGGGAAAUUCACGAAACAACUUCUUUUGGGGUUGGAGUACCUUCACAAUCAUGCAAUUAUGCACCGUGACAUCAAGGGCGCUAAUAUACUUGUGGAUAAUGAAGGAUGCAUUAAACUCGCUGAUUUUGGUGCAUCCAAACAGGUAGCAGAGCUGGCUACUAUUUCGGGUGCCAAAUCUAUGAAAGGGACUCCUUAUUGGAUGGCUCCUGAAGUUAUUCUUCAAACUGGGCAUAGCUUUUCUGCUGAUAUUUGGAGCGUAGGGUGCACAGUGAUUGAAAUGGUAACUGGGAAAGCUCCUUGGAGCGAGCAGUAUAAAGAGAUUGCUGCUAUCUUCCACAUUGGGACGACGAAGUCACAUCCUCCAAUCCCUGAGAAUCUCUCCUCUGACGCAGAAGAUUUCUUGCUCAAGUGUCUGCAGAAGGAACCGAACAUGCGACCAACCGCUUCUGAGCUGCUUAAGCAUCCGUUUGUUACGAUCAAACAAAAGGAGUCUGCUUCAGUCAUUGAGAAUUCAAGCAUUCCUUUAACAUCAGAGUUAUCUGACAUGAAGAGCUUUCAAAUGUCUACAUGUGACGAUGAAGGAGACAUCUGUAACUUGGGUAGUCUCACUUGUCCAGUCGCUUUUCCAGAGAAUCCAAUACAAAGUACCAAUUUUUCUCGGAAAAGUCGUAACGACGAUGAUGAUGAAGAUGAUAUGUGUUUGAUUGACGAUGGUAGUUUCUUGACAUAUGAUGAGAAGAACAAGAAGAGUUGUGAUACCAUGACUGAGAUCUCUGAUAUUUUGAAGUGCAAAUUCGAUGAAAAUGGAGAAACAGAGACUAAAAUCAAAAUGGAAGUUGACUCAGAGGACGAAAACGACUUGACCGAGUCAAAAAUCAAAUCUUUCUUAGAUGAGAAGGCUACAGAUCUAAAGAAGUUACAGACGCCUCUGUAUGAAGAAUUCUACAACGGUUUGAUCACUUGCUCUCCCAGCUACAUGGAGAGCAGCAGCAACAAUAAACGAGACGAGACGACGUCGUCUCGCGGUUUCUUGAAACUUCCUCCAAAGAGUAAGUCUCCGAGCCGAAGCCAUUUUAGAGCAGCGACGGAUGCAACCAGUUGCUCCAAGAGCCCAGAGAGCAGUAGCAAUAUCAAUACAAAUGAUGAACAUGAAUCAAGCGGCCAGAGUGUUGCAUUGACAGAGAUAGAGAGGAAGUGGAAGGAAGAGCUUGAUCAAGAACUUGAAAGAAAGCGAAGAGAGAUUACGCGGCAAGCAGGGAUGGGAUCAUCUCCAAGAGAGAGAAGCUUGAGCAGACAUAGAGAGAAGUCGAGAUUUGCAUCUCCAAGCAAAUGA